AUGUGGGCAACAUGGAACGAUCGCAUUCCAGAGGAGAUGAUUCGUUUGCACGAAAAGUACGGAGACGUGGUCCGCAUCGCGCCAAACGAUCUACACUUCAAUCGGCUGGAGGCAGUCAAUGAUAUCUAUAAAAGGGGUUGGCAGAAGGGAGAAUUCUACAAAGGCUUUGAUCAAAGAAAUCCGGGGCUCUUCGCCGAGCCCGAUGAAGGAAUUCAUGCCAGACGUAAACGAAGAUUCGGCGCUAAUUUCUCGGAGAAGUCGAUCAGGGAGUAUGAGUCUAUCAUUGACUCUCGCUAUGCCGUUCUCCGAAAGCAGCUGGACCGCUUUGCAGAGUCGCAGGAAGUCUCCGACCUGAGGAGAUACAUCACAUAUGCCAUCGUUGACAUUCUAGGAUGUCUUGCAUUCUCUCAGCCGUUGGGCAAUCAGCAUGCAGAAGACCCUAAAAAGAUCCCUCGCGUCUCGGAGUUCCUGUGGGCAAACUGCGUUGCAGGCUCGGCUCCCUGGCUCGCUCCCUUCUUAGAAUGGAUAAGGGACCAUGUACCGCCAUCCGCAGAGAUGGCGGAACUGCUCGAGGGGCGCAACACAGUCAUAAGAAUGGCAAGCGAAAACAUCCAGAGAAGAUCAGCAAUGCCAACAGAGGAGCCAGACAUUCUUGGCAGAAUUAUCGCGGCAACAGAAGAAGGAUCGGGCAAGAAGUUGUCACACGACCAAAUCAUGGCAGAAUGCAUCGAUCUCAUCGUGGGUGGGACACAUACCACGGGCAACACAUUACAUUUGCUGUUCGCCAAUCUCGCCCGGCAUCCAGAGUACCUUCAGCAAUGUGUUGAGGAGAUAGAUCGGAAUCUACCAGCGCUCAGCGCAGAAGAGCCUUGUUACAAAAUCAUGGGACUCGAGGAAAAGCUCGAAUUCGUUAACAUCUGCAUUCUGGAGAACUUUCGCAAGGACCCUGUGGGAACAUUCAACAUGCCUCGCGUUGUUCCUAUUGGGGGCGCAACGAUCGCGGGACACUUUGUUCCAGCUGGUACACAGGUGAGCAUGAAUAUCCACGCUUUCCAUCACAACAAAGCAGUCUGGGGUGAAGAUCAUGGCGAUUUCGAUCCAGCAAGAUGGUAUGAUGAGAAGAGAGCCAAGGGAUUGGAAAGUCUUGUGAUACCCUUUUCUGUCGGGAAGAGAGCCUGUGUGGGUCAGAAUCUGGCGAAUGCGAAUAUUUUGAAGAUGUUCACGACGUUGUUGAGGUGUUACGAGUUCGAAUUUGUGAACAGUGAUGAGCCUAUGGUGGUAGUUAGUCAUGGUGAUUCGGAUCUGAGAACUCCGGUGUUGGUGAAAGUCAAGAUGAGAGGAUCAGAGUAUACAGGUGCUGUGCCGGAGGAGUGA